GAAGAGACUUCCUUUUAUUCAACAACAAAUACAUCUAUGUUUGACGGAUCAACAUUGUUUAAGAUAAUCGAUUCAAACUCCAAAAUAUAAUUUAGAGCUCUACAAUCUUUGCUCAUCGUGAUCUAGAUCUAACUGCUUUAUAAAACCUCUUUUCUAGCUUAUUUAUAGAUAUAUAAGGUAGUAGUACCUUAUAUAUAGAUCUAGAUAUCUAGCUAGAGUCUAGAUCUAAAUUUUUAAAAUGUCAAGUCAGACUUUGACCGAGGUUACAUAUGAGCCAACGGUGCACAUAAAGUUAACUACACAAACGAUAGCCGGUGACGGCAAGAGAAAUGCUAACUUACCUUUACGCAUUAAAACUAAAUCUAUCAAAUUAGAUCCUACUAGAGCCCUAGAACCAACACGCAAAAAGCUCUCAGCUAUAGAAUCUCAAAGAAUUAUGGCAGUGUUUGAAGAUACUAUUAAAAGAGCGGAAAUCGUAACUGCUUUUCCAUAUAUCUUACAAAAUAUUGAUAGAUUUAGAAUAUCUCUAGGUUCUGAGCUAGUGGAUCUGCUGCAGAAACAUAGCCACAUUCAGAGCAGCUAUGAAGAAAUUCGAAAUAAUUUGGAUAUUCUGCUAACUAAACGAAAAAAACAAAUUACAAAAAAACUAAAACAAAUAGCCUUAGCUAAAGAAGAAGAAGAAAAGAAAAAUAUUAUCUCACAAGAAAAUAUUUUAAAUGGUAGUGAUGAUUAUCAGAACUUGAACAUUGAGCCCUCUGCUUUGACAGAAGUAGAAUCUUCAAUACAAGGUGAUAUACAGCAGGAUGUAGCAGACAACACUCAGCGCAUGGUUAGAGAAGAGGAUGAAGAAGAAGGAAGGUCAUCAUCUGCAAAAAGUAAUCGUUCUUUUAUUUCUGACUAUGAGCCUCGCAUUGAAGAGACUAUGAGAAACCUUGGCCUUGUAGCACAACAGAUUAGUCAUUCUUGCAAAAAUAUUCUGCGCCUCUUCAAUCUUAAUCCUACUGCAAUAAAUGUCAUAUCCGAAAGCUGCGAAAGGAAUGAAGGUGGACAGACAAUAAUUUCCAAUAUGCAAGAACUCCGGGACAUACUAAUGCACAAGCUUCUGACCAAUCCAGAGGAAGAAAAGGAAAGAGAGGCUUAUCUAGAUGAGAUCUCAAAACGAGAACGACAUCAUUAUACAGUUAUUGAAAAACUUGAAAAAGAUUUAAAGACAGCCAUUGAGGAUAGAGAUGAAGAAAUUCGUAAGCAUAAUGAAAUUAUCAAACGUUUGCAAACAGAGCUUCACAACAUUGAGAAAGCCUCAGAUGAAAAUAACAGGCGUAUUCGUUUAGAGGCAGAAAAACAAGAGAUGGCUGAUGCAAAGAAUGGUCAGCAGAAAAGCCAAAAGCUCCAGUCAGAGAUCAAUGCUUUGCAAUCUGCAUUGAAUAGCUCUAUUACUGAGCACAGAGAGUUUGAAGCAGAUUUAAGAGCAAAAAAAUACAAAGUGGAAAAUGAGGUGGAUUUACUGAUUCAGAAAUAUGACCAGGAGCUUGGAGAAAGACAGGAUGAAUAUGAAGAAAUAGAUGCCGUGUAUGCAGGAGAGAAGAAACAGCUGCUGGAAUUGGAAGAGAGAUUUGCCACCCUGGAGAAGGAGUACCUGAGCAUCAUGGAAGAGAGGAGAGUGGCCAGGAGCAAGUUAGAGCGUGCCCAGAGAGAACUAGAGCUGGUCGUAAAAGCUGCCACUACAAUUCAAGCAUUCUGGAGGUCUUACAAAGUCCGCAAGGCACUCAAGGCAAAAGCCAAGAAAGGGGGGAAAAAGGGAGGUAAAAAGAAAUAAUUUUUGUCAUCAGUACACACUGAAGACUCAGGACAUAUCGGUUUGUUUUUUGGAUUCUAUGUUAUCAAGUAUAUAUGAUUUUUGUGAUAAAUUGUUUUAAAACAUGUCACUAGUUUGAUCCACCUACACCCGUCUGGUAAGAAUCUCUUUUUACACACAAAGAGCAAUAGUCUUUAAAAAAAUUAUGUUUAGUGAUUUAUUUGAGUAUUUAAGAAUGUUUACUUUUAUAAGGAUCAGUUUUAGUUAAAAAAAAUAGUAAAAUAAACCAAAUAUUAUCUAUAUAAAUUAUUGGAUAAAUAACUUUUGUUAUUGCUAUUACUGCCUAUUUUAGCCUGUCCUCUUUGGAUAUGGGCAAUCUUUCCAGUUUGCCUUUUUUUUGGUAUAGCCAAAUAUUUUAGGGCCAAGUGGGUUCUACUGUAGUGCUCUUACAAUGAUACAGUU